AUGGCCCGCAGCCACUCGAUUUCGCCUUUAAAUAUUUUCCUCCUCCUCUUCCUCAUCCUCCGACUUCUCGUCUCGUUUUCCCAACCCCUUUCAACCCGGUGCUCGGGCAAAAACACAAAUAAACCCUACAUGACUAACGUAAAAUAUAUCUUGACCAAACUAAACAAAACGGGCCAAGGGUACCUACCGUGUGGUCGAGAUUCCAACCAGGCCUACGGGCUUUUCCUCUGCAAAGCCAAACUCCCAACCCAAUUCUGCCGGUUUUGCCUUGGGAUGGCCGCCAAAUACAUCGCGCCAUGUCGUCAAAGGCAGGCGAUCGUCUGGUACGAUGCGUGCUACCUUAAAAUCUGGGACACAAAUUUUUUCAAGAAAAUCGACACGAAUAACAACCUUUUCAUGUGUACGGGUAAGAGCAUGUCUCUCAAGUAUAUGAUGAUGCUGUCAAGGAUUUGUUUCGGAAGAUAA